UAUAUAUAUGUCUACAAAAAUCGAAAUAUUUAAACUUUUUUGAUAAAUAAAUAUUUGAUAAACAUAUUUUUUAUCAGUGUAUAAACUUAACACUUCUAAAAACAACAUGAAAAUGGUUUCUUGUAAAUUAUCAAAAAUCUAAAACAACAAAAAAAUCUAAAAAUUUUGGAGGAGAAGAACAAACUUGUUUCAGCCAACGACAAUUGCUCCUGGUAUCUGCAAUGAAUGCCACCUCGCCAAAGUCAUCGCUGGUCAAGUUGGGUCUGCAUACCAACAAACAAAAGACUCUGAAGGUUAUGGUCUUGGGCCAGAGUGGCGUGGGAAAAACGGCCAUGGUGGUGCGUUUUAUUACCCGACGCUUCAUUGGCGAAUAUGAUCCGAAUCUGGAGAAGGUUUACACCUGCCAAACCACGUUGGACAAGGAGCAAAUCCAGUUUGACAUUCUGGAUGCCACUGGACAGCUGCAAGAACUAGAUGGCGUUAGUCUGGAGUCCAAUAUCCGCUGGGCCGACGCCUUUAUCCUCAUGUACUCCAUCACGGACAAGUGCUCCUUCGAUGAGUGCAGUCGCCUGAAGUUCCUCAUCAACUACAACAAGCGGAGACGCAAGUUGGGUUCGGCCAGUAAAGACUAUACUUUGGAUAUUCCUGUCAUUUUGGUGGGCAACAAGACAGAUCAGCCCGGCGAUCGAAUGGUCAGCUUGGAAGAAGGUCAACGAAGGUUCAGGGAGCUGUCCUGCGCAUGUUUUCAUGAGAUCUCUGUUAGAGAGAGUGUGGAUCAGGUGCAGAAUGUUUUUCGCGAUGUUUUCCGCUUCUGGCGAGUCUUCAGCAAAUUCCCCAAGCUCAAGCGCUCCACGAGCGAUGUGGCCAACACAGAUGGAGUUCUGACCCCCGACUCAGGAUCCUGUUCCUUCUACGAUGCGGCAUCCUUUGGUGCCGGUCGACGUUCUUUCCUGGUCAUCGGAAGUGCCUGUUUGGAGGAGAGCAGCGGUGACCAUACAGAGUCCACGGAUGAGAUUGCUAGCAGUAGUUUGAGCAGUUCGCGCAGCGAUAUCGAUGCCCCCUUUCGUAGCAGAGCCUCGACAGAUGGGACACUGUUGUCCCGGCCAAGAAGAUGGCGUUAUCCACCGCCUGGGUGUCUGCUGCCACACACGAAUCGCGUAGAGCGACGGAUGAGCAUUUCCACCAGGGGCAGCAAUGCCAGCUAUUGAGGGAGGGAAACUGUAGUCAGGGAGGGUCUCGAGCUUAGUUAGUCAAA